AUGGUUGAUAAAAAGCAAUCUAAACAAUCAAUAGCUAGUACAAAACAAUCUAAAUCAUCAACGGUUGAUAAAAAGCAAUCUAAACAAUCAAUAGCUAGUACAAAACAAUCUAAAUCAUCAACGGUUGAUAAAAAGCAAUCUAAACAAUCAAUAGCUAGUACAAAACAAUCUAAAUCAUCAACGGUUGAUAAAAAGCAAUCUAAACAAUCAAUAGCUAGUACAAAACAAUCUAAAUCAUCAACGGUUGAUAAAAAACAAUCUAACUCAUCAACAGUUGAUACAGAACAAUCUGAUUCAUCAAUAUUUACAAAAAUAUUAAUCUGUGGGGCGGCAUUACUAAUAGUUGGAAUUGGAAAGAUAUUCUUAGGCUGA